UAGCUAAUGUGCCGCUGUAAAAAGAAACACGUAACGUCAAAACACAAACAUUGUUUUUAUUUACAUCGAGGCGGCUGACUUCAUGCCGGUAAGCGUGAAAAGUAAAAUUUAGUGUUACUAAAUAACCAAUAUGAAGCUGUACGCUCUGAGUGGUGACCCGGCGAAACCAUGCUAUGUGUUGAGCUUCAAAGACCUGUUGAUAAUGUUGGACUGUGGAUUAUCGAUCAAUUCGGUGUUGAAUUUUUUGCCGCUACCCUUGGUUCAAAGCGCGCGAUUUCAAUCCAUGCCGAACUGGAAUAGCCGAGAUCCGGAUAUUCAGUUGGAUGAUGGGGAAAUCAAAGAGUGUUGCGGCUGUGCAUUCGUGAACUCGACGCCAGAGUUCGUUCCGCCCCUGGAUAAGAUAAUUAACUUCUCCGAAAUCGAUGUUAUUCUCAUUUCCAACUACACAAACAUGCUAGCGCUUCCUUUCAUCACAGAGGGCACUGGUUUCAGUGGAACAGUCUAUGCGACUGAACCAACGCUCCAAAUCGGAAGAUUUUACCUCGAAGAGUUGGUGGAAUACAUCGAGGCUUCCCCAAAGGAAAAUACCGCUCGCAUGUGGAAAGACAUUCAACAUUUGCUUCCCCCGCCACUUAAUGAUGUUUUGAAGCCUAAGAAUUGGCGACAUUUGUUCAGCAUGGAUGCCGUUAACAAAAGCUUGGCUAGAGUGCAAAUGACCGGAUAUGACCAGAAGUUGGAUAUAUUUGGUGCGCUUCAGGUGACUCCAGUCAGUUCUGGGUUUUGUCUGGGAUCGAGCAACUGGAUUCUAGUGUCGGGACAGGAGAAGAUUUCGUAUAUUAGCGAGUCCUCAACGCUCACGACCCACCCUAGGCCUAUUAAUCAAUCUGCAUUGAAACAUUCUGAUGUUGUCAUCAUGACGGGUUUAACUCAAGCACCACACGUAAAUCCGGACGGAAUGCUAGGAGAAUUGUGUAUGAAUGUGGGUAUGACGGUUAGAAAUGGAGGCUCUGUGCUGAUUCCAUGUUACCCUUCAGGUGUGGUUUAUGAUCUGUUUGAAUGUUUAUCAUCCAGCCUAGACAAUCAGGGAUUUUCACAGAUUCCAAUGUUCUUCAUAUCACCUGUAGCGGAUAGUUCUUUGGCAUAUUCAAACAUUCUUGCGGAGUGGUUGUCUACCUCGAAGCAAAACAAGGUCUACAUACCGGACGAACCAUUUCCACACGCGAGCUUGGUGAAAAACGCGAAGCUAAAACAUUUCAAACACAUUUAUUCCGAAGGAUUUAGCACGGAAUUUCGACAACCUUGUAUUGUGUUUUGCGGUCAUCCAAGUCUUCGGUUUGGAGAUGCGGUUCAUUUUGUUGAAUUGUGGGGCUCUAAUCCUCAGCACACAAUCAUUUUCACCGAGCCGGAUUUCCCUUAUUUGCAGGCUCUUGCUCCCUAUCAACCGCUAGCUAUCAAAACGGUAUACUGUCCAAUUGAGACUUCACUCAACUUUCAACAGGCCAACAAACUGAUAAAAGAACUGAAGUUAGGUGUGCUGGUCAUUCCUGACAACUAUACCCAGCCUCCUCCAAUAGUACCUCACAAGUUAGACCUCGUCAUCGAUCAAAUUUCAGACAAAAUGAUCAUAAAGUUUAAACGAGGUGAAGUGAUAAAACUGCCACACAAGCGUAAACGUUCCCGGAUCUAUCUGGAUCCACAGAUUGCCCGAACUCUGACUCCUCAUGAGGUCCAACCGGGUGUUUCGAUUUCGACGCUUACCGGAGUUCUUCAUGUGAAAGAUAACGUCCACGAUCUGCACCCACUGGAACUAACGGCCGAAGAACUGGAGGACCAGAAGGGUACGAAGGUUGCGCAUCUUCAGGCCCCUUCCCAGACUCGAUAUCGUAACAUUACCUACGAGUGGGGUUCGCUGGAUGUGAAUCUACUUCUCAAAAAACUGGCACAGGAUGGAAUCACCGACAUCAAAGUGGAGCAGGGCGGAGUGGACGAGCUGACGCUCCAUCUGGCUAGCGACGAUACCACGAUAAAGGUUAGCGAUAAGUGCACGAGUAUUGUAUGCGGCGGGAAGCAGAGCUUUCGGUUGAAGUUACGUGAUUUUUUGUUGCAGUGCGUGCAGAAUUUUUGAAACAGAUUAAAAUUAAACUGGAAGAUCUUCAAUGUGUAAAUAAUUAUUUGGCUAAUUCCGAAGCUAGACGUUUCGUCACAAAAAUAUUGAAUAAAUGAA